AGCGACAAAAUCAUAAACAAAAAAUUGUCGAGGCUGCUUUCUAUAGAGAAAUUCGACGUCUUUAAUUUGAAUGUAAUAGAAAUAAAAAUAUAACUUUGUGAAGAUGAGAUGUUAGCAAAAAUCGAACAUGUUUCCUUUUACCUCUUCACCGUUUUUAUGUUUUCAAUUGUACUGUUCUGUUACGGAUUCUUUCCCUUAUCGUUUUCAACAUCCAACAAAUCCAGUCUAUUGGAUUUGCCCAGUUCGCUGGACAAUGUCAAGCUCAACGCAAGUCUGUACAAAACACGACACUCGCGUGCCGUUCUGAUGGUUAUUGACGCCCUGCGAACCGAUUUUGUUAUGCAGCCACAAAACAUGCCAUUCUUGAAUGAGUUGCUUGCCAACGGAACUGCAUGUCAGUAUAAGGUGCAAGUUCAUCCACCUACUGUGACAAUGCCGAGGAUUAAAGCAAUGACGUCUGGUGCUAUUCCAAGCUUUCUGGAUGUUAUUUUGAAUUUAGGUAGCCCCGAAUGCGAUGUUGAUACGUUCUUGUAUCAACUGGUUCAUCAGCAUCAGCGAAUUGUGUUUUAUGGGGACAAUACAUGGACUAGUAUGUUUCCCGCUUUAUUCCACAGGACAGGCGAAAAUGUAGAUUCACUUUAUGUAAACGAUUUUUAUGAGGGGGAUAGGAACAUCACAAAACAUAUGCAUUCUGAAUUCAAUAAUUAUGAUUGGAAGUUGAUGAUUCUACAUUUUUUGGGACUUGACCAUAUCGGUCAUGUGGAAGGGCCUUUUAGCAACAAGGUCCCUACCAAAUUGCAAGAAAUGGACAACGUUAUCAGGAAUAUUUUUGAAGCAAUGUACACACAGGUUACUAAGAAUAGAAAAUUUCACACUAAGUCUCUAAUGGUUAUUACGGGUGAUCACGGAAUGCGUGACUCUGGGGGCCAUGGUGGAUCUACCUAUGCGGAAACACAUGUUCCACUACUGAUUAUUGGAAACAGCUGUUCGAAGAGUGAUCAGCUUUACCUACAAAUCGACGUUGCUCCUACUAUAGCCGCACUGAUGGGAGUUGCCAUUCCUUAUUCCUCGAUUGGCUCACUAGUAGAACCAGUUUUGAAUGAUAUCCCGCCAGUUGAGAGAGUGUAUGUUGCAUAUUACAAUACCAAAAGACUGAUUGAUAAAAUCAAAAUAUUCCAUCAGAAUAAUCUUAAAGAGCAAGAUUUUUUCUUGCAAUAUAAGGAAGCCAAACUGUUGCACACUAUGUUUCUAGAAAACCAAGAUGAUUUAACUAUUUUGGAGAAAGCGAUGAACAAGUAUUCAAUCGUCAGCCGAAGCGUAUCCAAGCUCUUGAUUAAGAAUUAUAUUCAAUAUGACAUGCUCAGUAUUCUAACUGGAAUUGUUCUAAGUAGCUUUACUACAAUCUUAGUUGUUAUGUUAAUUAUGAGUCCACAAAGCACUAACAUCAGAAUUGAAGUGAAGCUCAUCAACUUCGUGAUCUUUUCAGUCUUUGGAGUAUUGAUCAAGUAUUCCAUACAACAAUGUUCAAUGCUUGAAUCUAAUAUUAUUCACAACAGCUACGUAUAUCAUCUACUCUUCAUGUCGAUUCUUUUAAUUUGUUUUGCACAUUAUAAUAUUUUCGUAGCGCUACUUCAAUUGAUAAACAAAACAAGUCUUCGAAAUUUAAGGCUUAGCAUGCCCAUAUCUUUUUUACUGUUCGGAUCCAUUUUCCACAUUUUGUCCUUUUGUAGCAGUUCGUAUAUUGAAGAAGAACAUCAGACCUGGUAUUAUUUGGCCAAUACUUUAUUUCUACUGCUUACUUUGCUAGAAUUAAAGAUUGCGAACACCACUAUAAACGAGAUCAGCCAUUCAAGGACAAGCAAACUUCUUUUGUCAUACUGUCGGCAAGAGAGGGUUGAAUUCUGCAUCCGUGCCAUGUUGUUUUUCUGUGGUCAUAUCGCCCUUCGGCGCUGGAAUCAGACGGGUGAUAAGUGGCAGCAUGUUCCUGAUCUUGGCGAUUGGUUUGUAAAAGAAGAGAAUAGAUUUUGGCUGAGCAUCGUGCUGUUUUUUGGAUUGUGUUAUACUGUGAUAGCUAUUGGGCAAAUUUCUGGAUUUCUUACAACAGUACUAAGCUUGACUGCAUGUUUGCUAGUUUAUUAUUACAGACUUAUGACCGGUUUCGUCAGUUUGUUUGGAAUAGUGCCAUCGAAAACUGAUAGUUGUUUAACAAUAUUUUGGGUUAAUCUAUUGGAAAUUUUAUGCAUAGGUCUUUUGCCAUCACUAUACAGAAUAGCGAUGGGUAAACCAGCCCAAAAAUCUAGUCCAGUGCUAGUCAGUAUUAUAACUAUUUUUACAUUGCUAUCGACGCUUAUACACAAGCCGCAUAAUGUAAUCUUAGUUGCCGCAUUGCUCUCCAGCAGCCGUUAUUUAGUAGCAAGAAUCGAUCACAUCAGCGAGAGUAAGUCAGAAAAUCUGCUACUCAAAAUCGUCGCACACAUUUGGUUAGGCAAACUUUUUUAUUUCUAUCAGGGUAAUUCGAACAACCUCGCCACUAUCGAUCUCAACGCCGGUUAUGUCGGACUAAGUAGUUUUAAUUUCAUCUGGGUCGGAUUGUUGUUAACACUCAAUACUUUCAAUACCGCCGUGAAUUCCCCCCUACAGUAAGUUGACCCACCAAGCGAAGACACCAACCACCAAGCGGAGAAAAAUACCCACGACAAUGCGCCACCUAGCGGUGAACACUGCAACCACCGCGGAAAUGCCCCCUACACCUAAGGAUGGUAUGCACUAAAAUUUUAAUAUAAUUGUAUUUAAUAAUUAUAGAAAUAAAAUGUAAUUAAAACAAAUGACGUAAUCCGAAUACUCCAAUAAUGUACAAGAGAUGCAAAGUCCCAGAUAGCAGGCUGAACCGAGUAAUAAACAGUUUUUUAAAUAGAUUUUGAAGUACAUUUUAUAUGUUGGUGAUGUAAAGUUAUGGUAGGAAGUGGGUGAGCACUACAACCACCGCGGAAAUGCCCCCUAGAUCUAAAGAUGGCUUGCAGUAAAAUAUUAAUAGAGUUGUAUGUAUUUAAUAAUUAUUGAACAAUCUUAACAAAAUACACCUAGGGAUGGUUUGCAAUAAAGUUUUAAUAGAUUUGUA